GCGUGUUUCAGGUUUUCGCCCUGUUCAGCACGGAUCAACACUAGGGAGCAAAGCUGCUCAACAAAGAGCUGGCUGCCGCUUGUCCGAAUACCGACCCUCUUGCGCGUCGUGUUGUGGAAGCAUAUCUACGCAUUCAGCUUGGACAAUGUUGAUGACCACUUCACUACCGCUGUCAACUCUUUCACGAUUGACCGUUAUGCAAGCGGAGAUCCCGGGGCAAGAGCAAGAUGGCUAUGAUACAGAAUUCAAUUUCUUCUACGGAAUGCAUCCACAUUCUCAAAUUUCCCGACCACGACCUCAACAGCGCCAUGGGUGUCCCAGGAGACCAAGACUCACUGAUGAAGAGCCCUCCUCUACCACCGCCUGCACCACUUAUGACCCCACCGCCAGUCGCCGCCGCUAUCACCUUCAGAACCCACCUACCACAUCUAUUCACCCGGCCGCCCCAUCAUGUAACGCCACCCGUCGUCGACGUCACUUUUGCCCGGGGUCUACAGGUGCAACCGGUCGAUUCCCAACUGCGUCUUGGAUGUCUGAUGCAUAAAUUCACAGUGUUAUACUGCAGCGGGUGUUCCUGGGAGUGACGACUCCUUGAUAUACGAUGAAGACUCAUGAACUUCCUUCACCGGAUCCCAAUAUGCAACAACAGUAAGCAGUAGCCACGCAGGCAGACACCGGGGAAUAUGGAGGCGGUCGGUCGUGUUUUUACUAGGGCAAUCUGUGUAUUUCCCUUGAGUAUCUCAGUUCUAGCGUUGA